GCAAACUCGUGCCAACCACCCAUUCACAUUCACCCCCCCCAUUCAUCAACCCUCCUCCUUACCACCCAUCGCCCUCUUCUUCCCGUAUCCCUUUUUUUCUUCUUCUUUUCUUCUUAUGGGGGUAAUCCAUCUUCAUUUAUCGAAGGUUCUUGAUUCUCCAAGAGGCCUGGCUUGAUAUUUUCUUUUUCUUCUCUCCUGCUUCUACCGCUCCGUGGAACCGUGAACAGCAUUCUCCUCGGGUCCCGACGAUCAGUCCUUGGCCGUCGACACCCCUCGUCUGUACCACCCAAAGAUCAUCUUCUAGAUAGAAGCACACCCCUUACCGUCUCGUUCCCGCCACCGUCAUUGCCGUCUCGACCGCUGCUCGUUCCCGUUUACGCUGCCAUCGCCUCAGACUAUAGCUUGAUCUCCAUCUAUCAUGGACGAGGCUCCGGCAGGUCCGCAGCUCUCCCAUGGCGCCGUCGGCCUGUCGGCGGCCUCCCAUGCUCAGAUACUGGCCAGCACCUUGGGCUCGACAGCAGCUACCAUAUCGCGCACCAAUUCCCCCGGUCCUGCCUACACGAAAGCCGACGAGGACGACAAGCGGAGAUACCGUCCUCGGACCUUCAGCUAUUUUGACCACCUGCCUUUCCCCGUCGAAGAAGAAAGCCAGCGCGAUGCGGCCCUCGCCGGCAUCCUCAAACACCUCUAUAUGGCCAUCCAGGCCGAAGACUUUGCGCCAGGCGCCCUGCACUGGACCCGCGAAUUGCAGGCCUGGCUCAACCUCAAGUUCGAGAUGACCCGGGAGCUUCGCGCUACCUUGGCGAAGCUUUACUACCAUCUUUGUCUGGCGCCGGGGCUGGAUCCUAGCAGUGCCGACCGCUUUGUUAAGAUGGUUGUUGUCCUCACCAGAAAAUUCCAUUAUCUAAAGCCCGUCGACGACCUUGUCCUUGACUGGAGACCCCUCUGGCGCGAAAUCAAGACCCUCGUCCUCCCUGGUGAGGUGGCCUCCCACCCGAGCUCCCGCAGAAAAUCCCAUAAACAACUGGCGAAGCUCUGCCUUCACGCCCAGACCUAUUUCGACCCGCGCGACCGUCUGGAGAUGCUCGAGGAGUUCCUGCCCUUCUUCAGUACUUCUGACCUCUCCGAUGCCUACAUUGUCAUGGGGCUCAUCAACACCCUUCUGCCCACCACCUCCGGUCCCCGCGGCGCGCCCUGCGCCCUGCCCCAGGAUUUUUUGCCCACCAUAUUCCACACCUGGUCGCUCGUCGCCCGCUCCAAGGCCUUUGACAUCUUCCUCAUCGACAUUUCCUCCCGUCUCGCCCGGGACAUGUUGCCCACCGCCUACGUUCCCUUCGGUGCCCACGGCAUCUUCACCCGCGAGCAGUCCGACGUCCUCUUCACCGCUGUUCUGCGCCUCACCGAGAUCCCCGUCGGCCAGGCCAACUCGCCCUACAGCGGGCUGGAUUACCAGUCGGGUCUAGGCCUCUACCUGGAGAAGGACAAGAAGAAAUACCCACCGGCUUACCUCAUAGCCCGGCUUAUCGUUUAUUCUCUAUCCCCGCAAUGCCUCGACGAGGAAAGCUCUAUCAUCGCCAGUCUCGAGGGCCUCCUCGAAGCCGUCGACACUUUCUACCAUCCGUCUAAUGCGGGCUCGUGGACGACCUUCCUUGGCCAGUUCACCCUCUACCUGACCGAUAUCUUUGUCUCGCGAUGGAACCGGGAACAGAGCGACGAGCUGGACAUCCCCGCUGAUCGCAAGAUCAGCCCAGCCCUGAAGACGCGUUUUGUCCUCGCCCUUCGCGAGGUGACCUUCAUGGGCAUCUUCUCCAAGAGCUCCCGCGUGGCCCACUAUUACUACGCCGCCUUGCAGGGGCUCGCCUACCUCGAGCCGUCCCUGAUCCUCCCCGGCGCUCUCCAGCGCUUCUAUCCCAGCUUGCAGGGCCUGGUAGAGGUCCACCGCACCACCUCCAGCUUGAACGGUCUGCAAAUGAUCGCCAACACCAUGUCGAAGCAGAAGGGCUUCCGGUGCCACAUCACCGCCCUUCUCGCCCUCGCCCUGCCCGGCAUCGAUGCGAACGACCUCGGCAAAACCCAGCACACCCUCAGCUUCAUCCAGAGCGUUGCGUACAGCGUCCCCAUGGUCCCGCUGCUCAACCAGGAGAGCGAGGUCCACGACACCCGCCUCGCGCAGGACUGGGUGCAGAGCGAGAUGGAGCGGAUGGAACGUGAGGGCCAAGACGUGAAAAUCGACUACAACGCGGAGCUGACCGACGAGGCCGAGGCGGAAAUCCUGCGUUCUUCCACCCUGGGCAUCGGGGAGUUCGUCCUCGCACUCCUCGGCAAGGUCUUCACGCUGCUCGAGAAUCUCCCGGACGCCUCGCAUCUGCGUGGUAACACGCCGGAGGACAAUGUCAUCAAUUCUCUCCCCGCCGCCUUAUCCCCUCUGUUCGCAUCUCUUUCCCCCGAGCUCUUCGACAUGGCCCUGGAAAAGCUCUCCACCUGGGUCUCCACCCACGUCGUCCAUCAGGCGCGGGACGCCAUGGCGUGGAUCCUCCAUGCCCUGUGCAAGGUCAACCCGGAGAAGACGCUGAAGGUCGUUAUCCCCAUGCUCAUUGUCAACAUCCGGAACGAGAUCGACUACAACCAUGCAGCCUCGGACCGGAGCAGUGGGACGGAUUAUCUCCCGCGGGACAGGGCCCUCGUCUGGCACCUGAGUAUGCUGAGCUUGGCCGUCGUACAUGUCGGCGCCGAGGCUCUCCGAUACAAGGACGAAUUGUUCGCCAUUGCGCAGUACAUGCAGGAGAAGUGUCGAGGCCUCCCCACGAUCCACAUCUCCAACUUCAUCCAUCAUCUCCUGCUCAACCUGACCCACACCUAUCCCGUAGAUAGUGCCCUGUACGAGCCCGCCAUCAUCGAGCGGGGCCUUGAUGUGGACGACUGGGGGAAGACCACCAGCCCAUCCGACCUUACCAUCAAGUGGCACAGGCCCUCCCCGGCCGAGAUUGAAUUCGCCGUCGAGCUGUUCGGAGCCCAGAUGAAGGGGGCCGCCGAGAAGCUCGACCUUUUGAUGAGCGACGAUCCGCCGGUCCCGAGAAAAGGCAAGAACAAGGAGUGGUCGGACGAGGUAUCGAGGCUGCUGUCUCAAAUUCGACUGGCGAUAUCGGGCGUCGCCACCUUGUUCGACCCGAAACGCGCGUCUAGGUCGGGUCAAGCCGCCGGUCAGUCGACACGCCCUGGCUCCAAAGUCGACCAGGAGGAUGGUGACGAGGCCAUGGGUAUGGACGAUGACGAGGAGGGCAGCAAUGCUGGCAUGGACGAAGAGGUCGAUAAUCCCCUUGCCGAAGCGGCCGAAGACGAGGAAACGCGACCGCAGUUUCGCUACGAGGCCGGGUAUCUUCUGAGUCCCAAAGACGACGUCUAUGAUCGAAUCCACGAGCUGCGCGAAGACGUCGGUCGACUCCUCUCUCGAACGCAUCAAUUCAUCAACCAAAACGUGGAGGAUGACGUCCCCUGUUUUACUGCGCUGUACGCUGCGUACAGGACGUGGAUAACAGACGUGGGUAUUGAGCGCUCCGCCCAUCCGCUUGAGAGGCACCUCCGACUGUACAAGCAGGGAAUCGCUGCUUUUAAGAUCAGCGGCCUACGCAAGGUGUACCCGCGGCCACUGCUCGUUAAGCGGGCGGACGCCUACCAGUUGCUUCGCGUGAAGCAUAACGCCUCGGCCCGGCAGAAGAGCGAGCUCGACGAGCGUCUGCUCCUCGACCUGGCCGAAUCCUGUACUUCGCUGUACGCCGACGUACGUCGCGUUGCCCAGGGAGCUCUCGAGUCUUCGCUGAAGGCCCUGAUCGGCGGUCGGCCCAUGGUGAUCCCCGUCAUCAUGGAGAAGCUCCGGACGGCUCUGGCCGACGAAGAUCACGACCGCAUCAAGGGCGCCAUAUACACGCUGUUCUUCACGAGUCUUCUUAAAACGUUGAUGAAGGACUGGCGCUACGGGCCGGAUGCGCUCCGAUUGUACAUGAAAGCCGGCACCAUCGACAAACCGAGUAUCCAGAAUCUGGUGGCCUCGGCCGUCUACCAGAUGUUCGACUUUGGCAAAGCGUUUGAGAGCAUGGUCAUCGUGGACGAGGAUCUGGUGGGGCAGAUCAAGCCCGACGUCGACUGCACGAAAGCCAUCGAGGCGCGGAAAAAGUUCAUCCGGCGUCGGCGCGCGCACGUCGAGGAGAAGAAGUCGGCUCUCGGGGUCGAGCUGACGCAGUUGUCCCUGAACGCGCACUGGAAGAUCGCCGGCCGCUGCAUCAUCUUCGCCCUCAACCUCUCGCUGCGAUUCAAGUCGCUGGCGCCGUCGCAGCUCGUCGAGGUGAUCGCCAAGGGCGCCAACGAUACCCACCCGGGCUUGCGGGUACACUACAUGUCGGCGUUGACGGCGUUGUUCGAGGCCAUUGACAUGCGUGCGGCGUACGAUCACCGUUACGAGAACUACAUCCUGGGGGAGGACAAGGACCGCCACAAAGUCAUCGUGCCGGUGCCGAAAGGCGAUGCGGAGUUUACGGCCAAGUUUCUGGACGCUUUCGAGAAGCCCGACGACGCCGAGUACAUGGUGAAUACGGACCACCCUGGCUGGCUCGUGUGGGGCAAAGAUUUCCUCGCCUUCCGCGCCAAACCGCUGCCGUUUACGGACUACGACGAGGUCGAGACGGCGGUGCGUGAGCAGAUUGGCGGCAUCGUGACGCGGGAAUGGAUGAAGACGUGCUUCGAGUACAUGAAGCAGGAGCCUCGCGACCCCAGCGCGGACCGCUUCCGCAUGACCAACGUCUUCAUGCUCAUGCACGUGUUUGACCUGAUGCACUACGGCGGCACGGUGGUGACGAUGGAGGACGUGCAGGAGCUGACCAAGGAAAUCUACGGCGACGGCAGCGACAAGCACCAACACCGGGCGACGGCCGAGAUUGUGGGCGCUCUCUUGACGGGCUCGUCGGACGACCCGCCCGACUUUCGGAACAAGGUCUGGAGCUUCGCGGCACCGAUGCUGCUCAAGAUCAUCUCGGACGAUUUGACGCCGGAAAACGUCUCGUACUGGACGACGUGCCUUCAUCUGAUCAUGGGUUCCAAAGACCCGCGCCGGUCUCACGAGAUCAUCCGCCACCUCACGUCGUUCCGACUCGACAUGUCGUCCAAUGCGGCCUUCAAGGAGGCGUCCAAGAUUCACCUGCUCGAGUCGGCCAUUUCCGACUUGGGGUGGCACUUCCGGCACGAGAAGCCCAUCCUGGAGAACUUCCUCGCCCACCUAGAUCACCCCUACAAGACGGUCCGGGAGGCCAUGGGCCGCGUCAUCGCCAGCAUCUAUAGGACUAGGUACCAUGAGUCGUUUGAGAGCGUGCCGAAGCUGCUGGAGCAGAACAAGGAAGCGUCGUCGAUCGGGUUGCGGCCGUACCAGCCGACCGAGGCGUUCUCGGCCACCAUCCUCGACGUAUUCGAGCGCAUCGAGAAGUGGCGACAGGAACGGACGCCGGGACAGAACACGCCGUCGUCGUACACGUCCGGGUCCAAGACGGUGCUCACCUGGCUGGACGCGACGCUGUCGCAGCAGGACUGCACGCAGCUGGUGCGGUUCUUCCCGGAGCCGUUCAUGGAGCAGCUGCUGCACAUGAUGGACGUCAAGGAGGACCCGGAGCUUAUGAAGCUGGCCUACCACGUGUAUCGUCACCUGCCGAACGUGCCGUUCCGGGCGGGCGAGGAGGGGGCGUUUAUCGCGUCGAUGAUCCGCAUCGGGCGGACGUCCAGCAGCUGGCACCAGCGGCUGCGGGCGCUCGUGAACAUGCAGGUGAUCUACUUCCGGCGGCUCUUUUUGAUCAGCAGCGACCAGCGGCGGCUGCUCUUCGACGCGGUGAGCGAGAUGCUGGCGGACCAGCAGCUGGAGGUGCGCACGUGCGCGUCGAACACGCUGGCGGGCAUGGUGCGGUGCUCGCCGCAGCGGAUCCGGGGGCCGACGAUCGAGCUGCUCAAGGAGCGGUUCGAGACGCAGCUGCGGCGGAACCCGAUGCCGAAGAAGAAGCUGCCGGGGACGGACACGCCGGUGGACGUGCAGAAGCAGAUCACGCGGAGGCACGCGGCGGUGCUGGGCCUCGGGGCGCUGGUGGAGGCGUUCCCUUAUGCGACGCCGCCGCCGAAGUGGAUGCCGGAGGUGCUGGCGACGCUGGCGAACCGGGCGGCGUCGGAUCCGGGGAUCGUGGGGAAGGCGACGAAGGCGAUUCUCUCGGACUUUAAAAAGACGCGGCAGGACAGUUGGAGCGUUGAUAAGAAGGUGAGUGCUGCAUUGCGCGCGUUUCGUUUCGUUUCGCGUUCUCUUUACAGACAAGACUGCUGACGACGACCUGGAUAGUAUUUCACCGAAGAGCAGCUGGACGCGCUGGAAGGUGUGUUGUGGAAGAGUUACUUUGCUUAAGUUGAGCGCAUACCAUACGCAAA